UGGAUUGAAGAAAACAUGAAAUCCACUAAUACCAGACAAAUUCUCUCUCAAGCCAUUAGCCUCGGAAUGGUUGUUUCAUUGGCGUUGAUGACAUGGAAAGGAUUGAUUUGCAUUACUGGAAGCGAGUCGCCGGUCGUGGUUGUACUAUCAGGGAGUAUGGAACCUGGUUUCCAACGAGGAGAUAUCUUGUUCCUGUACAUGAAUAAGGAUCCUAUUCGCACGGGACAAAUCGUUGUCUUCAAUGAUGGGCGUGAUAUUCCAAUUGUUCAUCGGGUGAUUGAGGUUCAUGAGCGGCAAGAUAACAAAGAAGUUGACAUUCUCACAAAAGGAGAUGAUAAUGAAGAUAAUGAUAGGAUGUUGUACGCAUCUAAUCAUGACUGGUUGCAACAAAAAUACAUCAUGGGCAGAGCCAUCGGGUUCUUGGCUUAUGUUGGGUGGUUCACAAUUAUCAUGACAGAAAAGCCUAUAAUCAAGUACAUACUUGUGGGUUCAUUGGGAUUGCUGGUCAUUACCUCAAAGGAGUGAAGGCAGUGGUAACAAUGUCAUUACAAUGUCAUUAUAACAGUGAAAAGGGGGUGAAAUAAGACUACUGAAUCACUAUGGGCAACGAUAUUGAUAAUAUUAUUUUG